AUGUGGUACAAUAUCACGAUCGGCCUCAGGGUUAAAAUUGGGCUCUUGGGCCGGACGUUGUUUGUAGGACUCGGUCCAACGGAAGUCCCGUGGCCGGACUUGAACUUGGGGGCGACAUCUAGGCUCGCGCAUGAGGUGCGCAUCGCGAGCAUCGUCCGCUCGUCGCCGAAAGUGCGGUUUUCCCUCGGGGAAUUGCACAGUGGCUCUGGGACUGCUGAGACAUCUGUCAACGAAUCGCAAGAGGUUGUGGAAGAACCCUUGCCGCCGCCGCCAGGGGGCUUCUGUCCACUGGGCUCUACUCCGAAGGGCCUGAAAGAAGCUGCUGUGGCCCUGUUGAGCUCCACAUCCAACAAGUCUAUCCAGAUGAGCUCUCGGAAACUCAGUGACUCUAGUCUCAUGCUGCAUUCCGAGUCACACAGUCCCUAUAGACCGUACGUAGAGAAAUUACUGAAGACCCUGGGCCAGAGGAAAACUUUGGACCAGCUGCGCAAGAUUUUCCAGGAUUCACUGGGCAAAGUUUAUGAUGCCCUGCCUCACGAUAUCAACUUCAGCGCCGUCGAUAUCCACGCUUAUUCAAGGGAGAAUUCGUUCGCAGGGUUGUCGACCAGUCCGAGUUCGCCUCAGGUGCUCAUGGGAUUCGGCACACCGGAAUCCGGCAUGAAUACAGUGCCAUCUAGCGACGGAAUGGAGAAUGCACUGGGCCAGCCCCUGUCCAUCUCGUCCCUGGGACUCCCGAGCUUCAAGCCAGUGUAUUUAUUCUUGUGUAGGAUCCCGCUUGACAUCAUGUACGAGUGCUUGUCGUCCAAGUUGGAUCACCAGCCGCAAAAGCCACCAAGUCCCUUGUCCCUGAGGCAAUUGUUGUACGAGUGCAAGGAGACGAUUUCGGGAGCUGUUAUGAUUCGCCAGAGGUUCCUCCACUUUGCUACACCGGCAUAUUUGGACGCUUCCGACGCUGAUAUUGAUUUUCAUAUCCAGGAGAUCGAGCGAUUCGAUGCUCACGCGAAGAGGAUCCUCAUCUAUUACUUGGACUAUUUGUGCCAAUGGGUGUUGUUAUUGCUGAGGGAUAAAUCCGGAGGAGGAUUAGGCGGAAGAAAAGGGGGAACCGGGCAAGAAAAGAGCUUGCUGGAC